AAAGUGAGACGGGUGGUUGUAUCCUACAUCAUAUCCUUCCAAUCGAAUCAUAUCAACCAUUACUUGUGAAACUCUUCAGUCUUCACUUCCAUUUCUACUUGCGUAACCAAAUUCAUCCUCAUCUCUUCCCUCCUUUUCUCCCUAACAUUUACCCCCAGUUCCCCAAUCGAUUCAUCUUUUUCUCUGCGUAUAGCUUUAUCCAUUUUUCUAAAUCACUCUUGGCAAUUAUUUCAGAGAUGGGUUUUGCGAGGAAAGAGUAUGAAUUUCUCAAGGAGCUGGGCUUGGGUCCUCGCAAUCCGGGCUGUUAUGUCAAUGGGGUGUGGAAGGGUAGUGGUCCUACAGUUUCUUCUGUGAAUCCUGCAAACAAUCAGAUCAUUGCUGAAGUUGCGGAAGCAUCCCUUAGUGAUUAUGAGGAAGGUCUGCAGGCUUGCAACGAAGCGGCGAAGAUAUGGAUGCAAGUUCCUGCGCCAAAAAGAGGUGAAAUUGUUAGACAGAUAGGUGACGUGUUGAGAUCCAAACUGCAGCAUCUUGGCAGGCUUGUAUCGCUUGAGAUGGGGAAGAUGCUUCCUGAAGGAAUAGGAGAGGUUCAGGAAAUUAUUGACAUGUGUGAUUAUGCUGUUGGGCUAAGUCGUCAACUAAAUGGAUCGGUUAUUCCCUCCGAGCGUCCAAAUCACAUGAUGUUAGAGGUGUGGAAUCCUCUUGGAAUAGUGGGUGUAAUUACAGCUUUCAACUUCCCAUGUGCUGUUUUGGGAUGGAAUGCCUGCAUUGCAUUAGUCUGUGGAAAUUGUGUUGUCUGGAAGGGUGCCCCAACGACUCCUUUAAUCACUAUUGCAAUGACAGAGAUUGUGGCUACUGUCCUAGAGAAGAACAACCUACCAGGUGCCAUUUUUACUUCCUUUUGUGGGGGUGCUGAAAUAGGUGAAGCAAUAGCAAAAGAUUCACGUAUACCACUGGUUUCGUUCACUGGAAGUACCAAGGUGGGUCUUAAGGUUCAACAAACAGUCAAUGAGAGGUUUGGGAAAUGCUUGCUUGAGUUAAGUGGGAAUAAUGCCAUAAUUGUCAUGGAUGAUGCUGACAUCCAGCUAGCUGUGCGUUCUGUUUUGUUUGCUUCUGUUGGUACAGCUGGUCAACGCUGCACAACUUGUCGUAGACUGCUUCUUCAUGAAAGUAUAUAUCAAAAUGUAUUGGAUCAACUAAUUGGAGUCUACAAACAAGUUAAAAUUGGGGACCCUUUGGAGAAAGGUACCCUCCUAGGGCCACUGCAUACUCGUGCUUCAAGAGAGAACUUUGAAAAGGGCAUUGAAAUAAUAAAGUCUCAGGGGGGAAAGAUCCUCACUGGAGGAUCUGUUAUAGAAUCUGAGGGAAACUUUGUGCAGCCUACUAUAGUUGAAAUUUCUCCAAGUGCAGCUGUAGUUAAAGAAGAAUUGUUUGCUCCAGUUCUUUAUGUGAUGAAAUUUCAGACACUAAAAGAAGCAAUUGAAAUAAACAAUUCUGUACCACAAGGAUUAAGUAGUUCUAUCUUCACACGUAGACCGGAAAUUAUCUUCAAAUGGAUUGGGCCACAUGGCAGUGACUGUGGUAUUGUGAAUGUAAACAUACCCACAAACGGUGCUGAGAUUGGUGGUGCUUUUGGUGGUGAAAAGGCCACUGGAGGUGGUCGUGAAGCCGGAAGUGACUCUUGGAAGCAGUACAUGCGGCGUUCUACAUGUACCAUCAAUUACGGGAGUGAACUCCCACUGGCACAAGGAAUCAACUUCGGCUAAAAGGUCCCAACACUGGUGUUCCACCUGCAGGAAUAAUCAAUACUCUCACCCUGAAAUUUCAAAUUAAGAUUUUGCCACUAUUGGCAAUUUUAAAGUGUCAAAUGGCAGGGCUGGCCAGACAAUAUGAACGAGACUGGGUUGGCUAUUAUUCCAGAUUUCUUGAUGAAACAAAGGGAAUGGAAAGGAAAAUAAAUAAAGGAACAUUUAUUAUUUAUUCCUGUGUUAUUUUUUUGGUGGCUCUGAUGAUUUCAUUCCUUGCUAAAUGCCCUUCUCACAGUUGAUGGGUUCAAGCUUGGAAGUUGGACUACAAAACUGAAAGAGUAUUUUGUAGCCUGAACUUACUGCCUUCCGUGUUUUGGGGGCACCAAGGAGGUCUUGAGCUAUUGAUAUCAUAUUUGAUUAUUGGAUGCCAGCAGUGUUUUUUUGCCUGGUGA